AUGUCGACUACCGUUGUCUCUGCUCCUGGGAAGGUGCUUAUCGCUGGAGGAUACCUGGUGCUCGACCCUGCUUAUACAGGCGUCGUGGUGUCGACCUCGUCGCGAUUCUACACCGUUAUCAGUGAUGGGAACGGUUUCAACCCGGGGAGGGUGACUGUUAAGUCGCCUCAGUUUACCGAUGGGCUGUGGGAAUACGACGUGAAUGUGAAGGGUGAGGAGGUGGAGGUCGUUCAGGUGCAGGAAGGGGAACACAGAUCAAUCCUGAAACCUAGGAACAAAUUUGUUCAGCUUGCUAUCCAACGCUCGCUUUUGCUUGCUCUUGAGCUGAAGGGCGCCGCCUCGCUAGAAUCAUCCCUCAGCAAGGGCCUCAAUAUCUACAUCCUAGGAGCGAACGACUUCUACUCUCAACGGAGUGCGCUCGCCUCGCUCAAUCUUCCCCGUACCCUUGAGGCGCUCCACAAGCUCACCCCUUUCCGCCCAUGCAACGUCCCCAUCUCCCAGGUGCACAAGACCGGCCUCGGCAGCAGCGCCGCCCUGAUCACUUCCCUCGUAUGCGCCCUCCUUCUCCACGCUGGAGUCGUCUCCACCUCCGAGCUGUCGAAGGCCGAGCUCACGCACGACCGUAAGCUUGUGCACAACGCCGCACAGUACGUACACUGUCUUGCCCAAGGCAAGGUCGGAAGUGGGUUCGACGUUGCGAGCGCAGUGUUCGGAAGCCAGCUGUAUCGCAAGUUUGGCCCGGCUGUGCUGGAACCACUCAUGGGAGACAGCGUGCAUGCCAAACUGCUUGCUGAGACUCUCCGACCGGAAAACCCAAAGUGGGAUCAUGAGGUCAAGCCAUUCAGGCUGCCUCCUGGGCUGCGGUUGAUGCUCGCCGAUGUGGACGCGGGCAGUGACACCCCUUCUCUAAUUGGCAAGGUGUUGAGCUGGAGAAAGAAUAAUGUUGAGGAAGCAUUGCACGUCUGGACUGCUAUCUCUGAGGCUAACAGCUGUUUGGCGGUUUCUUUGAACGAACUGUCCGAGCUUAAUGAUGCAGACCCGGCCACCUACACUGCGGUGUUCACUAAAGCUGCUGCCUUGAUCAAGGCGAAGUGGAGCACAGCAUUUGAGGAUCCAGCAAGUGAUAAGAUAGUAAAUGUGCUUUCGGAAGUUGCUACGGCCACAGAAGACAUCCGCUCUGGUAUGCGGCAGAUGGGUAUUCUCGCGGAUGUCCCGAUCGAGCCCGAUGAGCAGUGUCGCCUCCUCGAUGCCUGCAUUGCUGUCCCUGGCGUGAUUGGCGGUGGUGUACCAGGUGCCGGAGGCUAUGAUGCCAUAUGGUUGCUGGUUAUUGAUGGUGGUGAAACCCAAGGGGCGUUGAGCACAGUCGAAGGUGUGUGGCAGUCAUGGACAGAAAUGAGCGUGUCUCCUCUGAUGGCGUGGGAGAGCCAUGAGGGGGGUGCCAGGGUCGAGAAGAUUGAGAACGUGCCAGGACUGGUUGAGGCAAUUGGAAACGAAUAA